AUGUCUGCGGCAAGCUUCAAGCUGAGGGAUCCGCAUCGUUACACACAUUUGAAGAUGGCCACAGUUACUGCCAGUAUGGAGAUACUACUGGCUUCAACAAUUGCGCUUUUAAACUUGCUUGCGCCAACGGUUACGACUCAGAUUGCUGGGAGAAAUGCCCUCAUUGUUAAUUUCAAAUACCUGACCUAUGUGAGACCCUUACACGUAAUUGCAGUCACCGAACACUGGCCCAACGGUGCGCCUCACGAGAAGCGCCCCGUCGAACAAGUCAUGAACCCUCUGGGGGCUCGUGACUCCCCUCACCCCGAGAUCGCGGAACUCCCCACUGAGGAGACAUCGCGCGAUACUCGCCCCAGCACUACAGAACACCGAAAUCCUGCCCUCGGCGUCCCUCGUUUCAUGCGAGAGACGGCCGCAACCAUGAACCGCUCCCGUAUGGACGAGAGCCACGAGAACUCAGCCCCCGAACAGCCUUCGCGUGCGACGGCGCCCACCUCCCAGACCAAAGAAACCCUAGAGCGUCGCGCCAGCGGCCUCCCCCGAGCACACGGCAAGAACAACCUCUUCGACAGGGACGUACGCAUUCCAGGACGCUACCCCUCCCUCGGCCACACCGAUAGUGUACAGCAGCCACUGGACAUUUCCGACGACUCUGACGACGAGCUUCCGACCACAAUCACUACGCGCAAGAAGGGCGUGGCCUUCAUAGACCAUCGCGCCGACUUGAGCAGCCCAUUGGGCAUACGCUACCCAUUAAUGAGCGAGCAACGCCGCUACUCGCGCCAGUCUCAGGCCGAAGUCGACACUGAUUAUUUUUCUGAAGCGUGGCUCUCACCUGGACCCGCCGCGUCCUUAGAACCCCUAGUUGAACACGCCUACGAGCGUGCGCAAUUCGAGCGACAGCCCUCUACGUCCUACGUCAUUCCUCGCGAGGAUAACGUGACCACCUUCGACCUCUGGGAGAACGAUGCGCAAGGCAACCCCCAACGCAAAGAUUCUCUCCACACUACGCCUAUCGGACAUACGAAUAAUGACCAGUCUAAGGCGUUGAACAGACUAUAUGAUCAAAUCCGCGAUAUGUGGAGAGACCUCGGCAACGAGCGCAAACACAGCGAUCAGUUAGGCGAACAGCUUCUCGCAAGAGACAAGGUCAUCGAAAACCUCCACAGCAAGGAUCAAGAAACCCAAGAUAUCCUUGAGGGUUACAAGGGCGACGUCGCUGACACACAGGCUGUCCUUAAGAACUGCCAGGACCAACUUCAGUCUUCCGUCGCUACAGUUGCACGCCUAACCGAGGAGCUCCGCGACGCGCGCGGAAGCGCUCACGAAGACUACCAGCAGGCCCAGAACCAGGCAGAGAACCUCGCCGCCCGCAAAUCGGCCUACAAGGACAAAUACCGACAGGAGCACGACCAGUGA